AUGGCGAAAGAACGCGGCUUAGUAGCCACUCACCUCGACCGUCUCAUCGCGCGACAACUAGGACUACCUCGGGAAACAUGCUCGUAUACAACGACCCCUACGCGCAUUCCGAUAUCCACAUCAACCGAGACAUUUGAGCUCGCAGCAGACAUCUAUCAACCUCUUCUCGCUCAAGAUCAAAAGGCCGCAGGUACCAUUCUAAUCCGCUGUCCAUACGGGCGCAGCCUUCUCUUCGCAUUGCUCGGUGCGCGGCCCUACGCAGCACGAGGCUACAAUUGCCUCUUUGUGAGCUGUCGAGGUACCUUCGGUUCGGGAGGCAAGUUCGCACCCUGGCAGAAUGAAGAGGAAGACGGGAAAGCAGUGAUAGAGUGGAUGCGACAGCAAAGUUGGUAUACCGGAUCCUUUGCGACACUAGGAGGCUCCUACCUAGGUUAUGUGCAGUGGGCUCUUUUGAAGGAUCCACCAAGUGACAUGGUAGCUGCAGUGAUACAAUGCGCACCUCAUAACUUCGGCCAGCAGUUAUGGGGUACGGGAUCGCUCUCGCUAGAAUGGGUGGCUUGGGCGGAUAAUGUCUUGCAUCAGGAAGAAACAGGGAUUGGCAACAUGAGAAGGAGAUGGAGCACGAUGAAAAGAAUGCAGCCUAUGAUGCGUGGGCCGGAUCUUGCGAAAAGCAUCAAGCACCAUUUCGAUGGUCAGGCGCCAUGGAUGGAGUAUGUGGUUGACCAUCUGGACAUUGAUACGAGGGAGCCGUUUUACGAGAAGAUGAACUUUGAGCAGGCGCUCGAGCGGGCGAGUGUUCCAAUCUUACUAGUGGGCGGGUGGUACGACGUCUUUGCGCCGCAGACUACGCAACAGUACACGCGACUGAGUGAGCACAAUACGAACGUUUCACUAAUGAUGGGCCCGUGGAAUCAUACCCAGGUCGGUAUGCAGGCCGAAGUAUACAAGCAGUCAUACAACUGGAUCGAACAGCACCUCGCAAAGCGGAGUGUUCAAGCGCAAAAGAGCCCGAUCCAAUACUUCGUUACUGGAGCGAAGGAGUGGCGGCACGAAGCAACUUGGCCACCACCAACGGUCGUACUGCAGUGGUAUCUUGGAUCUGAUCAGCGUUUGACAACCGAGAAAGCUACUCAAGAAGGAUCUUCAGCCUUCUUCUUUGACCCAAAAGAUCCUACGCCGAUCGUAGGAGGUAAUCUGCUGCUUCUAGGUGGAGGAAGUACCGAUGAUACUGCGCUAGCAGCCCGCUCCGACGUUCUUACCUUCACAACCGAACCUCUCGAAAACGAUGUUGAGGUUGCAGGUGAGAUCAUCGUGCAGUUGAACCACGCAAGCGAUAAUCUGGAUGUAGAUCUGCUUGUUCGUGUCAGCGAAGUUGAUGCGAAAGGACGAUCGCAUAACAUAACAGAAACUUACAGACGAUUGAGCGCAACGAGUAAAGUUCAAACACUCGUUCUACACCUCAACGAUUGUGCGCAUAGGUUUAAGAAAGGUUUUCGGAUCCGGUUGUUGAUUGCUGGGGCAUCGUUUCCGCAACAUGCGGUCAAUGACGGACGUGGAUAUAUGACUAGUUGCGUCGCCACUGUGGGUAUAAGCUUCUCAAUCCUUCUUUGCUGA